AUGCGACCUUUUUUUUUUUUUUGCUUUCUCUAUACCAUUUCGUUUGUGAAUGUUCUUGCAUUUUUCUUUCGUCUAUUCUUUUUUUCUCUUCCAUUCAUUCACUCUUCCACUCUGUCUUUCUUUCUUUCUUUCUUUCUUUCACACUUUCUCUCUUCCCCUCUUUCUCUCUUCUACGCUUCCAUUCAUCUUUCUUCCAAUCUUUCUAUCUUUCUUCCACUCUUUCUCUCUUUCACGCUACAUCUGCUUCAGUCUUUCAUUCUUUCUGUGUUUAUAACCUUAGGUGAUAUGUUUUCUUUCAUAAUAUCUGGUUUCUUUUCUUCGUUCUUCCCAUUUUUUUUUCGUUGGCGAACACACGCCUCUUUUGUUGAAAAUUUUUCACAUUUAUUCUUUUCCACUGUUUCAUCUUCCCCUUUUUUUCUACUUCCUCUUCUUUUUCUUUUUUUUCUUUUUUUUAGCAUUUGUAAAUUUUUUUCUCUGUAUGUCGAUCUUUCAUUUGCCCUCUUUAUUUCCUGA